AUGGCCAAAGUGAAAAAUGAAAAGGAAGUUCACGAGAAGGGGCAUGCUCCGACACCACCACCUCCAUUAGAAGAGAAAUCAUGCAUGUCAGACUGCCAGGUACAUCUCUUCCCAGAGCCACCAAGAACAAGGAAAGGUAUAAGAGACAAAGGAAACACUAGCUUAUCUUCCAGCAGUGACACAGAUCAUCCAGUUAUGGAAAGCUUCGGAACAUUAUUGUAUCUGUAUGAAGCACAUUUUGAGUCCCAAUGUGUUUUUAGUUUGAGAGAACAUGAUAGGAUUACUGUGCCCCCAGGUGAACCAACGCAAAUGGAAAAUAAUAAAUACAUACAAACGUAA